AUGCGAGACUCUUAUGGAGAUGGAUGGACUACUGGCUCAAAACUCUCCAUUAAGCAAGGAGGUGAAGAAAUUGUUCAAGUUGUAUGGACUUGUGGCGGCUCUUAUAGUAAUCGUGUCUAUACUUGUAGUCAGACAUUUACGGUUGGGCCUCCCGCAGAAUGGCAGUAUUCUUCGACUGCCCAAACAAGCUCUUCUUGGACUACUGGAGAGUUGGAUUGGACUAGCUAUGCUGGAAAUUAUCCUGCUCCUACUACCACGACUCGUUACUUCCGUCGUUCGAUUGAAAUGACUGGAACCGAUAAUUUUGGUAUCCGUGUUGCUCUUACAAUUAAUGGUGGCGCUGUUGUAUAUGUAAAUGGUCAAGAGCUUACCCGAUGGAAUCUUCCUGACGGAGAGAUUUCCUCUUCUACGGAAGCAACUGCCUCGACAACUGGUAAACACACUUAUGUUCAGCUUUUGGCUGCAAUUCCUACACCUGAAAACGAUACGUAUGUUAUUGGUGUUGAAGUGCAUUCUGGCUCAAGUGCUCCAAGUGCUGAAGAGUUCCAAUGUAGUGUUUCCUAUUUGAAUGAAGAUUAUCGUCUCAUUGAUUCUGAUGGAUCUUAUUAUUGCAUUCCUGAUAAUCCUAACAGACCAAGUGAAAAUGGAGCCAAGUUAUAUGAUGGAAAUACUUCUACUAAAUGGUGCGUGGACGUUACUUCUGCAUCUUUCCCUACUACUCACAUUUGGACGUUUGGUAACAACGAUCGUUUGGUUGUUAACAAGUAUGCGUUUUCGACAGCUAACGAUUAUGAUAUUCGUGAUUGUGUUAAUUGGGACAUUUUUGGCUCUAAUGAUGGAAGCCAGUGGGAUCUUCUCGAUACUCAGAGUGGUAUAACAUGGACUGCGCGUUACCAGACUAAGUACUUUGAGAUAGAGAAUCAGCUUGCUUAUAACAAAUACAAAUGGCAGUGCAAUGCUGUGAAAUCUUUAUCUGGAUUUUAUGGUAAUGUUAUUCAGAUGUCUGAGUGGAAUCUGCUGUUCACUGGUGCUGCUUACGUUCCUCCAGGCAUUUCGUAUCCUCAGGAUGUUUAUUCCUGGUCGGUGGGUAUUGAUAAUGUGGACAUUACUCCUGGUAAGUCUGGCUACACGAACUGGCAGAUUGCUGGAGCUGGUGGCGCUUCUCUUCCUGCUGGUCUGAACUUCGAUAGCACGAGUGGUGCUAUUACUGGUAUUCCUACGGAGGGUUUGGAAGAAACUGUGUUCACUGUGUCUGCGACGUAUUCUGUGGACAGUCAGGUCUACACUUGCACGAUUACGAUUACUGUUUUGUCUUGCGAUCUGCCCAACUACAUUUCGGUUUCAGUGGAGAAGGUGAACUACAAUACCGCCUCUGAGACUUGGACGAUUAAGAACAGUGAAGGACAAUCGGUUCUUGCAUCGAGCAACACGGAGAGUUUGGUGGGUACUUGCUUGCCUGUUGGUGAAUACACGGUGACGAUGACGAGUUCUUCGGGUACGACAUGGCAGAGUACUUCUUUGAUGACGAUUAAUGCUCUUGCUGACGGUCAUUCGUUUGUUUUGGCGAAGACUCGUCUGACAAUUGAAGGUGAGGAUUCGUUUGUGUUGCCGAUUGAUCUUCCUCUGCUUCCUGCUUCGGCUGGUUCGUUCAAGUAUCUUGCUGAUGGAACGGUUCCUUCGAACUGGUACACGAGUGGUUUCUCGGAUUCUGCCUGGACGACUCUGGAUGCUUCUUCGCGUCCUACGACUGCGCAGAAGGUGAAGCUGUUCCGUGCGACGUUCAAUGUGGCUUCGAAGGAGGGAGCUCAAGGAUUUGAGUUGUAUCUGAAGGCUCGCAACGGAGUUCUUGCGUACUUGAACGGAGAGGAGAUCUAUCGUUCUUAUCUGGAAGCGGGCGAUCUUACGGCCGAGUCGACUCCGACUGGAGGAAGCUCGGUGUACAAUUGGAGACGUGUGACGGGAGCGAUCAGUCACAUCAAUGCUGGAAGCAACACGAUCGCUGUGGCUGUGCUGACUCUGGGAAGUGCGGAUAUCGAGAUUGAGUUUGAUAUGCAUCUUCGAUUGCUGAAGGAUUCGCACAUCCAUCCUCGCUAUUGGGAUUAUUCGACGGCUGGUACUACUUCGAGCGAGGUUGGUAAGCUGUUCGAUAUGAAUCCUUCGACUUAUGCUUAUGUGUACAAGGCGACUACUCCGACUCAGAAGUUCACGAUCCAGUUCGCGAACGAUGGAGCCGAAUAUUUCAACAACUACUGCUUCAUAACGAGUUCUCAGUCGAAUAAUUAUGAUCCUCGUGAGUGGAGCAUUGAGGCAUCGAUGGAUGGUCAGACCUUCAGCGAGCUGAAGAGCGAGUCUGAGGUGUACUUCGAUUCGCGUUCUACGGAGUAUUGCUUCUACAUGCCUUCGAAUACAAAGGCGUGGACAUACUACCAACUGACUCUGAAGAAGGCUCGUGUGGACGACACUGAUAACUACUAUGCUCUUGCUGAUUGGAAUUUGUUGUUGCAGGACUAUUCUUCGCUGGAGAUUCCGGAGCUGUCGUUCAGUCCGAGCGAGAUUACUGCCUAUACGGGUGCUGAAGUGCCUGGAUGGACUUGCUCUUCUUCCUAUUACAACACGUUCUCGAUCACUCCUGAGCUUCCGACUGGACUUUCGUUCAGUACGACGACUGGAAUGAUCACUGGAACUCCCACGGACAUCAAGGCUUCGACCGUGUACACGAUCACUGCGCUGAAUCCUCUGGGCGAUGAGAAGACGGCGACGGUGACUCUGACGGUUCAGGAGUGCGCUGGAGACAUGGUAUCCUUCAGCAUUGAAUUGACGUUCGAAACGGGAGCCUCUACGUGCUCGUUCGUGUUGAAGGAUCGUGCGACUGGCGAGGAAUUGGAGGAGCGCUCGAACUUCGCUGACUACAGUUCGCUCUCGAUUCCGAUGUGUCGUCCUGCAACGACGUAUGCUCUGGUGCUGAAGAAGCAAGGCACUGGCGGUUGGGGCAACAACAAGGCGACGGUGAAGCUGGCGGAUGGGCGCACGCUUCUGUCGGAGUCGCUGGCUGCCGGAGCGACGGAGAAGGAGUACAACUUCAAUCCUGCGUAUUCUGUGUAUCCUCAGUGGACUCACUGGAGCUACCUGGUGGACGGCACGGCCGCUCCUGCGGGCUGGAACACUCUGAGCGGAGCUCCCUCGAACUGGGAGACGCAGCGACCGGGUCAGUUCCCUGCGGCCAGCGGUGUGACUCAGUACUAUUUCACGAAGUUCCAGAUCGAGGAUCUGACGGAGUUCGCUUCGAUGGACAUCGCUGUGAACGUGAAGGCCGGAGUGGUUGUGUAUCUGAACGGAGUGGAGAUCCGUCGCUACAAUCUCCCCGAGAAUACGGAGGUGAAGGAGGAUACUGCGGCUACGGGCGAGAGCGGUGAACCGUUCUUGCUGGUGAUCGGAGAGGCCGUGCAGAGAGAGCGGCUGGUGGUGGGCGAGAACAUUCUGGCGUUCGAGCUGCAUCGCUAUGAGGCGAACGAGGAGACGAACAGCUUCGAUGGAUCUGCGAUUCUGAUUCUGGACAACAUGUACAUGCUGCUGGAUGGUACGGGUACGACGGUGCCUGCUUUGACUGGAGUCGAGGGAUCGGACAAGGUAUUCGAUAACAAUUCGGCCACGAAGAUGCUGACUGCUACUGGAAUCUGCGAGGGUGUGGAGCUGAUCUGGUCGUGGAGCAAUGAUCGUCGUGAACCGAUCGGUCGAUACGGUCUGGUGUCUGGAAAUGACUGCAACAACCGCCAUCCUUCGGGUUGGACUCUGUAUGGUUCGAAUGACGGAGAGAACUGGACGAUUCUGCAGUCGAAGGCUGGUCAAAUGUUCACUUCGUACUUUGAGCAGAAGCUUUACAACAUGUUCAAUGUGAAUCCGUACAACAAGUACAGAUUGGUGGCUACGGAGUGUUCCAACACCGAUUCGAUGAAUUGUGAUAACUGGGGAAAGACGAAGAGAUUCCAGCUUGCUGAUUUCUAUCUGUUCACCAAACUGAUCGCCUCCACUGAUUACUGUCGUCCUGAAGGCGACUUUGCUGGAGCGAUGAACGGAGAUAUUGCUUAUGCUGAGUGUCCGAAUCUUUAUGAGGGAACUCGAAGCCGUUAUUGCAACAAUGGAACGUUCGCGGAGGAAGUGACUGCCUGCUAUCCUUCCAUUCCUCAGGGUAUUGAUUAUGGUGCUACCACUUUGGAACUCACUCAGAACAAGGAAGUGAACGUUGUUCCUACGAUUCUUGGCGUUGAGGUGACUGUGACUUCGUUCCCCACGUUGCCUGCGGGUCUGACUCUGGUUCCUUCGACUGGAGCGAUCACUGGCAAGCCGACCACGGUGCAGGACUCUCGAAAGUACACGAUUUCUGUGACAAACGAGGGAGGAACGAUCACCACUACGAUCAACAUUCUGGUGUUGGAAGCUCCUGUGAACUAUGUGUUGAUUGUACUGAUCGUUGUUGUCGUGAUCAUCGUGAUCGUGGCGAUUGUUGUUCUGAUAGUGUUGUUGAGCAAGAAGAAGAAGAGCGGAGCGAAGAAAUCGAUGCCGAAGUCGGCUAAGUCUGCGAAGGCUCCGGCUCCGAAGCCAGCUCAGGUAAAGACGAAGACUGCUGUGAAGGUCUAAAGUCGAGAGCUAUGAAUAAUGUUGCAUGUAUGCAGAAUUGGCUA